AUGGCAAGCACGGAUGGUUUCGAGUGGGAUGCCAUGCGAACACAGCAGGAGCAGGUCGACCGUGUGGGAGGUGCUGCCCCGGAUGUCAAAGAUCAGCAGAUUUGCAUGCGCCGCCUACCGCCAUCCACCUACCCAAUACUCACUCACCCAGACCCAUACUCGCCCAAUACUGCACAACCAUGGAUCACUCCGGAUCCCGCAACACUAACUUCAUCCGAGUCCCCACGACUGUCAUCGGUCUCAUCGACGCAAGUGUCAGCAUCAAGGUCGCCGUGGAGCCUACCAUGCCCCCUGCACACGUUCCUCGACUUCACGUUCCUCGGUACCCUGCCCGUUGCGCAGGUUCGGAACGGGUUCGCGGAGCUGAUCAAGAUCUCCUGCUGCUCUCACCUGCAAGUCUUCGACUGGGUGAUCACCAGGCCGCAUCUACAACUCGACAACCUGCACCAGAGUACUGCUGCAUCUCGACACAAGGAUAACUCGACAACUUGUACCAGGGUACUGUUGCCUUCCAUCUGCACCAGGGCACUGCUGCAUCUUGACUUGUGGUCUGGCCGCUUGGCACCCGCGCAACUAGGGUUUGCACCGGGCGCAGAUGGCUGCGAUUGA